AUGCCCACAAAGAGCAGCCAAGACAACUUGAUGCACGAGGCAAAGGGAGUCAAGUACGACGAAUGCGAGAUGGCCCUCUUCCGCGCCAAACUAUCGUACCAUGCCACGAUCGACGAACGAAUGGCUUCGCAGAACUCAAAUCUCACCUCGAUUGCCGAAGCCCAAGCGCGAAUACUCAAGGUAUGGGAGAUACAGAUGCAGGGUACGAAGGACCCAACGGGCAAGAAUGAGGGUCGCUCUGCGAGCGAUAAAAGAGCAAUGGCGCAGUAUGAAUGGAGAUAUACGACUCUGGAGAAUGCGGCGACCAACGCUGCGGGAAAGAAAUAG